AUGGUUAAGGAACUGCUGUUCAUUGUGGCAAUUGACUGUCUUCUUGGUGCAGUCGACUGUGUCUACGAGUCGUCUGAUCUGUUCGGUCUUACAACCGAGAAAAAUUCUGUGCUUUGGUAUAUCAAGGAGCAUUAUUGCCUCAUGCUCUUCUUGACCGUAUCGAUGAACUCGUACACUAUCAUGUUCUUGAGCAGCGAUCUACGUGAAGAAGUUAUCAGUACGUUCAAAAUACCCCGUUGGCUUGGAAGAAACAAUGUCGAAAAACGAAGAACACCGUUUAUUACAGUUCAAAGUUCUUGAAA